UGGGGUGUCAAUAGACGAGUCAGAGUGUCCCCAAGGCCCCCCCCCUCCGCCUUCUGUAUGGAGACUCUGAGCCUGGCUCACAGCAAGGGGGCGGAGGGGGGGCAAUAACUGCAGCAUUCGCGUACUUGCCCUUGCACUGCUCCCCUGGCGCUUGCAGGGGAAGGGGGGGGGCUUUAAAAGGGGCAGCGCUGCCUGGAGGCUGGGGCCAGCCCCUGGGCUGCCUCUUUGAAACACCAUGUGCAGCCGGGGCCAGCUGGAGAGUUCUCCUGGGGGGCCCCAUGCUCCCCGCAGCCCUUUAAGGUUUGAAGAGUAGUAACAGCAAAUGAAUCUCAGUGUAACAUCCCUGCCCUACUCUACACACACAAACCAGUGGAAAAUUCUUCAGCUCAUAACAGAGCGACCCCGAUGCCAGCCCAGAAGCAGCCAUGGCUGCAGAGGGUCCCGUGGAAAGUCUCUGGGAGGAAGCGCCACGUCCCGUCUGUCUGGAGGAUUUCGCAGUCCUUGUCCCUCUAGAGUGUGGGCACAGUUCCUGCCAGGCCCCCCUCAGCUGUCGGUGCAGAAACACUGGGCAGCAGAGACCCCGCUGGCACAACCGGCAGCUGACAACCAUGGUAGAACUAGCCAAGCUGCUGAGUUUCCAGGCAGCAAAGAGAGCAACAUGGGACAGCACCAGGGAGGCUCUGAAGGGGAGCACCAGGAGGCUCUGAAGCUGUUCUGUGAAGAGGAUGAAACUCCCAUCUGUGUGGGGUGUGACAGAUCCUGGGAUCAAAUGGUGGCGCCUAUACAGGAAGCUGCCCAGGAGUACAAGGUACAGAGUUGCUGUCCAGUGUAAUGGGAAAUAAAGUUGGGUUUUACUUA